UUAAAAUCUUGAGAGCAAGAAAACCAUGUCCGCUGUCAAGAUCGGAGAUCCUUUUUGUGGAGCUGAUCUCAGUCAGGCGAGCCUUCCUGCUCAGAUCUUCAAUCAGCGUGAAUCCUGAGUCCUCCUUUUCUUUGAACGAAGCUCUGUGUUCAAGAUCAUCCUCCUCAACAUCCAAUUUCACUGCCAUUCGUCCCAACCUUGGUUUGUCCAUUCUUCGCCCCUCCCAAAACCUUAUAAAAGAAUCAACGGGACGACCACAUCGCCUGAAGGUUGCGGUGGAAGUGAAGAGACGCCAUGAUUGGCCGCAGAGAAGGACCCUUGAUGAGGAACAAUGCCCAUUCUCUACACAAAUCGAGGGUCCUCGUCGCUAUAGCCAUCGGGGUUUUCGUUGGAUGUGUCUGUGCUUUUUUGUUCCCCAAUGGGUUCUUCGGUUCUAAUGCAAUCCCUCGUCGCAAUUACAAUCUCGUCGGAUCCAAGACUCAGGCAUAUUCAGCUGAAUGCGAAUCAUCAGAUCGGGUCAACAUUUUGAAAUCAGAGUUCGUGGCAGUAUCAGAGAAAAAUGCUCAGCUGAAAAAACAGGUCAGAGAGUUGACUGAAAAGCUUCAGCUGGCAACGCAAGGGAAUGAUCAGGCUCAAAAGCAGUUUCUCGCAUUGGGUAAACAGCCUAAAGCUGGGCCUUUUGGUACUGUUAAGGGAUUAAGAACAAACCCUACUGUUGUUCCCGAUGAAUCCGUGAACCCAAGAUUGGCAAAGAUAUUGGAGAAAGUAGCGGUUCAAAGAGAGCUCGUAGUUGCCCUUGCAAAUUCCAAUGUGAAGGAGAUGCUAGAAGUCUGGUUCACCAACAUCAAGAGAGUUGGUAUAACCAAUUAUCUGGUCGUUGCUUUAGAUGACGAGAUUUCAAAGUUUUGUGAGUCAAAUCAGGUUCCAGUGUACAAGAGAGAUCCAGAUAAAGGGAUAGAUUCCAUCGGAAGAAGUGGAGGCAAUCAUGUUGUUUCUGGGCUUAAAUUUCGUAUCCUUAGAGAAUUUCUGCAGUUGGGAUAUAGUGUUCUUCUAUCAGAUGUUGACAUCGUGUAUCUGCAAAACCCUUUUGAUUAUCUGAUCCGGGAUUCAGAUGUAGAGUCCAUGAGUGAUGGUCAUAACAAUAUGACAGCUUAUGGGUAUAAUGAUGUCUUUGACGAACCUGCAAUGGGUUGGGCUCGAUAUGCUCAUACUAUGAGGAUAUGGGUCUACAACUCUGGUUUCUUCUACAUCAGACCAACAAUCCCUUCAAUAGAACUUCUUGAUCGUGUGGCCGCUCGACUUUCCAAGGAGAAGGCUUGGGACCAGGCUGUUUUCAAUGAAGAACUCUUUUACCCCUCACAUCCUGGCUACGUUGGGCUGCAUGCUGCCAGAAGAACAAUGGAUAUGUACCUCUUCAUGAACAGCAAGGUUCUGUUCAAGACUGUGAGGAAAGAUGCUAACCUCAGAAAACUUCGACCAGUAAUUAUUCACGUGAACUACCACCCGGAUAAGCUUCCACGAAUGAAAGCAAUUGUUGAGUGCUACGUGAAUGGGAAGCAGGAUGCUCUCCAACCUUUCCCUGAUGGCUCAGAUUGGUAGCCUUCUGCUGCCAAGGUAUUUGCUUGGCCUCUUGUUGUAGACAAUUUUACAGUAGGUCUUAUAAUGCAUACAUCCCAGAAAGAUCUCAUUAUAUAUGCUCAAUUUAGUGAUGUUUAUCACCCCCUUAAAAGAUGGUCGUGUUUUUUCUUUAGGGUGGGGCUUCUACACGUUUGUUUUAUUCAAAACCUCGUUUUCACGUUGGAAGAUGAGUUGCAAUAUAUUGGUACAACAUCAAAGAAACCUCAUCUCUUAACUUUUUAUGGUCAGGUUAGAUUUUCUUUUGAAGCUUUCACUUGACUUCUCUUCGUUCUCUCUGUAACUUCAAAGUAAAUUUAAACGGCAAAAUGCGGGUGAUCCGAAGUCGAAUUAGAUACAUUGAGCCAAGAUUCUAUAUUUCCGUAGAUCAAUUGAAAGAGGGCGUCAUCGUAGGUCAUUUAUGAAAGAAACCAAGUCCUUUAACUUGGCAUCACAUUUUCGAA